CUGCAGGAGGUGGAGCAGAGCUAUCCCGACCUGUUGAACCUACCUGAUGACCUGGAGAUGGGUGCAAAGGCUGCUGGGUUGAAUCUGGAGUCACUUCAGUGUGAAAGCAGCGCUCUGAUCAAGCAGCUGAAAAACUCUGAGCAGAGACUCUCCUGUUCCUCUGAGGACCUGAAGGAGCAGUACCUGACCCCCAUACAGGAGAGCCUGCAGGCGUUGGAGAUGCUGCAUCAGCUGUUGUCCUCGUUGGAGGACAAGAAGACACACCUGUCGGUCUACCUGUGUGAGGACAGCAGCAGCUUCUCCAUCGAGAACUCUUCAACACCAUCAGAACCUUCAGAGGACUGUUCCUCAGGGCCAUCCAG